AGCAACUGGCACCAGACUUCUACGAGGUCAAAAACAGACCGGAAAGGCUGGUCCCGCCGCGAGGGAGGGGGGGGGAAUCACUAGUUAACGAUCACGUUCUUUGAGGCUGCCAGUAAAGGGAGGGGGGGAGAAGUGUAGUUAGGGUCGGAAAGAGAAAACAAAGGAACAAGGUCUUCCCCGCUCCGAAACGCCCAGGUCUCGGUGCCUCUCUCUUGGCUCGCUCCUUCGCCAGUGUGUGGUAACCUGGCUGACGUCAGAAGGCGCCGGCGAGAUCUCCCGGAGAAAACCCUAAAGCCCCGACCCAGACAGCUCGCAGUAGGGCCCUGGGUGAGACAAGAGCAGGCGGGGCGAACCACUGCUGGGCCAAGGACGAUCCUUUCAGCCUGAGCGACCUCAGGGGGAACGGCCUUCUUCCAAGAGCCAGCAGCCGGCUUUCUGCAAAGAGCUCAGGGAGCGGAGUCUACAUGGACCCUGGUAGUAGCGCUAGAGCGCGCUGAGCGGAGGCAACCCGCCCCCCGCAUCCUUUUAGCAGCCCGUCUUUGCUAGGAUAAUAUACAGGACGCUUCAGAAGACCGCAGUGCAAGCAAGCAAGGGUAUGGAACUGGGUUUGCCCAAGAGUAUCGUUCCCUAUGCGGAUUUAGGUGGGAUGAAUUUGGAACGGGUUCCCGACGGCUUAAGACCGCCCCAGGCUCCCCACGACAUGGCUCCCAGCUUCCAUUUGCAAAGAUCUUCCGAAGCCAGAGAACCGAUUGAGAAUUCCGCCAGCGAGUCCUCGGACACCGAAGUCCCAGAAAAGGAGCGAAGUGGUGUGCAGAAAAGCGACGAUGGGAACGCGGAUGAUCCGGCGAAGAAGAAGAAGCAGAGGCGACAAAGGACUCACUUUACCAGCCAGCAACUGCAGGAGCUGGAGGCCACUUUCCAGAGGAACCGCUACCCGGACAUGAGCAUGAGGGAAGAGAUCGCGGUGUGGACCAACCUCACGGAGCCCAGAGUCAGGGUAUGGUUCAAGAACCGGCGCGCCAAGUGGCGGAAGCGGGAGCGCAACCAGCAGAUGGACCUGUGCAAGAACGGCUACGUGCCGCAGUUCAGCGGCCUGAUGCAGCCCUACGAGGAGGUGUACGCCGGCUACCCAUCCAACUACUGGCACGCCAAAAGCCUGGCGCCCGCGCCGCUCUCCUCCAAGAGCUUCACCUUCUUCAACUCCAUGAGCCCGCUGUCGUCGGCGCAGUCCAUGUUCUCGGCGCCCAGCACGCUGCCCUCCAUGAGCAUGCCGUCCUCCAUGGGCCACUCGGCCGUGCCGGGCGUGCCCAGUUCCGGCCUCAACAACCUCAGCGGCUCGUCGCUCAACACGGCCAUGUCCUCGCCGGCCUGCCCUUACGGCCCGCCGGGCUCGCCCUACAGCGUCUACAGGGACACUUGCAACUCCAGCUUGGCCAGCCUGAGACUGAAAUCCAAGCAGCACUCGAACUUCGGCUACAGCAGCCUGCAGAGCCCGGGCUCCACCCUAAAUGCCUGUCAGUACAACAGUUGACGGGCGUCCUCUUCCUGAAAGGCACCGCGGCUGCGCCCAGGGGCAGGAAGACGCUCUGGAGGGGGGAAAGAGGAGGAAGGGACGGCGGGGGAACGGACGGACCAGCAAUCUCUGGCAAGGAGAGAGGGAGAUGCCCAAAUCGAACCUUAAUACAUGGAUGAGUUGCAAUUUUUUUUCUCCUCUGGAUGAUGCGGGUUUUGUACGUGUGUUUACUUGAACUUGCACAGGACUUUCUUCUAUAAGCGUCCACUUUAUACGAGGAAAUGCGAUAACGGCGUGGUGGGGAGAAAAAGAGAAACCGCGAGAGUGAUGAAAUUAUAUGGCUUUGGGUGGGGCUCUUUGUGGUAGCGGGUGGGGAAAAGAGGCGUGGUUUCAGUGUUGUUUUUGCCACUUCAGGGGAAGAGUAUAUCGUUCGGCAAGAAUGAGUUGAGGGGGCGGGGCGUGGAGUGGUUCGGAUAUGAAAGGAUGAAACUCCACACGAGCAAAUUCAGCAUGACAAGGGUCAACCACUUCCAUAAGAUUCUGUUUUCUCUUUUUGCCUUUCCUUGUGCUUGGCCGUUGAAUAUAUGAUGUUGCUUUCAAAUGCAUGACUGUUGAUGGGAUUUGUUUCUUUUGCUGAAAGCGAUGAAGACCCGACCAUUCCGAGCACUAAGCAGCUGAAAAGGUUCCUACCUCUCUCUCAUUUAUAUCCUCCCGAGACUGCAGUAUCCCUCUUAAUCUCCUCCCUUUGAAAAGGAACUUUGCAGAAACUUCCCCUCCUCUUUGCAAAGUCUUACUCUGAUAAUCAAAUUAUCAUUCAUCCUUAUUUAAUUUUUUUUAAUUAAGAAAGAAUUCUCCUAGAUAAUCUAGGAAAAAUGCUUAAAGACAUGCAAAAGGACUAUCCUGAAAUGUUGAUACUGCAUCUUAAAUAAAGGAGUUAGAGUAGCUUCACGGAUGGGGAAACUGUUUGAAAAAGUGACUUGUUUUUCCAGCUCUGAACAAAAAGCAAGGAACCCAAACAAGAAAUCUUAAAAAGGUGUUAUGAUGUAAAUGUAGAUACUUAAAAUGAGUUGUUUUUGUUGGCAAAUAAAAAAAACCUAUGGAAAUGAUAAAUAUGAUCUUUAAAUAUUAAUACGCAUACAAAACGCAUAUGAAGUUUUCUUGCAGACAUAUUUGUUGCUUCUUUCUGUCAAUACUUAUUACUUGUAGAUGACAAAGAAACAUAAUAUAAAAUGCACAAGGUACUUCUUUCCCAGUGUAUUCCCACCUGUGGUAACCGUUAUGCUGGAUGUUUCAAUAAUGCUGUUGUGGAGGAUGCAGUAUAUAUUGUUUUAUAAGUUAUGUUUUUGUGAUUUUUUUUCAAAAUUAAGAGCAUGGGAAUAAAA